CACCGCGACAAAAAAAUUGUAUCAGUAACUUUCCAGAUCUUUUGACUAGACAGUUGCUAAUAGAAGAUUAAAUACCAUUUUUACAAUGGCUUUCAAGUUAAUGUUAAUCUGCGCAUUGUUGGCUGGCGCAAAAGCCAACAGCGUUUCAACUUCAGACAACAUUUACCGUAGCCAUGGCAACUUGGCCCAAGUGUCAACAGAGAGCAAGACAGUAGAGACCCCUUACUCGAGUAGCAGUAAAACAGACGUGAGGCUGAGCAACCCGUCGGUAUACGUGUCAGGAAUAGCAGCUCCAGAAGUAAAUAUCUCGCCAGCGACCUUUACCAAGACAAUAGUCCACCCUUACCCAGUGACUCACCAUUACCAACAGAGCUACAGUGCACCCUCUUACCAACAGAGCUACAGUGCCCCCUCCUACUACUCAGCUCCAGUUGCCAAGUACGAGGUUCCAGUCGUGAAAUACGCCGCUCCAGUAGCCAAAUACGUCGCCCCAGUAGCUAAAUACGCCGCUCCAGCUUACCCCGUCCCGGUUGCCCAGCACGUUUACUCAGCGGCACCCUCAGUGUACACAGCUUCAUCUGUCAAUCACCACGAACCGGUCUACGCUCAUCAAGCUCAAGCAGCACCCAUCUACGCGGCGCCACACUACUAUUCUCAGCAAGUAGCGCAACCUGUCGUCAAAGUUGCCUACUCUCCAGCUUCUGAAGUCACUCACUUCAGCUACAACAAUGUCAACGACCAUGUCAACUACUCUUGGUAAUUUUGUGAUCCAAUAAAUCUAAGGCAAAUGUAAUUACUACUUAUUAAUUGUAUUAAUAAUAAUUAUAAUCAAUAAAAAUGUGAUUUUAUGAAUUUUA